AUGACCAUAAUAUCGUCUAGUCCUGCCUUUGACAAUAUCAGAGAUAUUGAACAGAACACAGCAUAUUCACCGACGGAAAACCAAAAUGUGAGCCAACCAAGCGAAGACUACCUCCAUCAACCCAACGAAAAGGAUCACUCGAGUGAUCCGGGCGCCAGCGAUGACGAUGUACGCAAAAUCAAGGGCUAUCGAUGGUUUCUAAUUUGCGCUGCUCUUUACUUAUCUGCAUUGAUGUAUGGACUGGAUACAACGAUCGCUGCGGACAUACAAGGGGCGGUAAUUCAGAGGUUUGGCCAAGUCGACCAACUCGCCUGGAUUGGGACCGGGUUCCCUCUUGGAUCGGUCGCUGUCAUUCCACCCUACGAAUUUCUUUUCACCACGUUCAACAUGAAAUGGCUCUACAUUGCCCGGAUUGUCUUGUUUCAGGGCGGGUCUGCUGUCUGUGGUGGCGCUCCGAAUAUGGGUGCCCUGAUUGUUGGACGUGUGAUUGCUGGUGCCGGAGGAACUGGUAUCUAUCUAGGAGGACUAAACCACUUCUCGGCUAUGACGACUCAAAAUGAGCGUGGCACAUAUCUCGCUGGCACUGGGUUUGUCUGGGGUUUGGGAGCGAUCCUGGGCCCUGUGGUUGGUGGCGGGUUUUCGGAUUCAUCUGCCACUUGGCGAUGGGGAUUCUACAUUAAUCUUAUCAUCGGUGCUAUCACACUCAAAGAUCGACUUCUUAGUCUGGGCUAUGUUGGAUUCAUGCUCAGCGCAGCGAUGUGGGCGACCUUUGCGAUGGGCUUAAUCUUUGCCGGUGGUAUCUGGCAGUGGAAUGAUGGUCGUAAUAUUGCAAUGCUUGUAUUAUGGUGA